AUGGAUGAAAUAUUAUGGCUAAUAAUCCUUUCAUGGCCAAAAUAUAAGACCGAUUAUAAAGAUGAUGAUAUUGAUGAUGAUAAUGAUGAUGAUGUAGUCGUCGACGAAUUUGAUAACAACGGUGAUGACAAGGAUGAUGAUGAUGAUGACGACGACACUGAUGCCGUGGACGGCGAUGAUGAUAGUGAUAACCAUGAUGUUGUCGUCGCUGCUGCCGCAACUGCUGUUGAUGCUGAUGUGGAAGAGGAUAGGGAAAAUGAGGAUUAUGGCGGUGGUGAAGAAGACGAAGACAAUGAUAUUGAUUAUGUGUUUAUACAUUCAGAUAUAUGUUGGGAUCGUGUACUUAAUAUUCAUAUUUGGCUACAAGCUGAAAGUACUGAAGACACUGAAAAUACUGGAAAGGAAACUGGAGAUAGAGAGGGAAGUACUGCCCCACCAAGUAAUUUUGUUGAAAGGUGGGUGAAUGUUGCGAAAGUGACUCGAGUGAAUUGUCUUGCUCUGGAUAUACGUCUGAAAGCCGGAAUCUUUGUAUUUAGAAAGUUUCUCCGAAACAUUGUCAUCUGUUAG